AAACAAUAUUAAACCAUUUGCUACUUUGAAAUAAAAAAGAAGAAAAAAUAAAACAAUUUUACUUGGCGCGUGAGAGAUGGCAAGAGAUAGCUGCGUGGCGCGUGUGACGGCAGGUGUGGCGGUCGGCGGUGCAAUUGGUGGCGCCGUUGGUGCUGUUUAUGGGACAUAUGAGGCUGUUAGAUACAAGGUUCCCGGUCUACUGAAAAUUAGAUAUAUUGGACAAACUACUCUAGGAAGUGCUGCCAUAUUUGGUCUCUUCUUGGGGGCUGGAAGUUUGAUACACUGUGGAAAGUCAUACUAAGCAUUUCUUUUAGUGCUGACAAACUUUUUUUUUAAUCUUUUGAGCGUAGAACAAUAUCAUCAUUAUCAGAAGAAUGCUUCGUGUA